UUGACAGUCAUGAAUACAAACGGCAUUCAUAAAGUGCAUGUUCUGUAUGUCGGCGCAUGGACUCUCAAAUCAGUAGAUAAUAGUGUUAUGAUAUGAUGGCUAUGAAUAUAGAGAGGUUUGUCAGUGAGGGGAAAGGAAAUGGUUUGCGUGCUCUGCGCGAACUCAAAGCUGGUGAAGUGAUUCAUUCAUGCGAGCCGUAUGCGUUCUGCAUAGCCAAGGAUUUCUUGAAAACUGCCUGCCAUAGCUGUCUGCAGAGAGGUGAAAGUCUGUCGAGAUGUUCUCAAUGUAAGACGGCCCGUUACUGCAGUGUUCAGUGUCAGAAGCAAGCAUGGCCUGAUCACAAGAGGGAAUGCAAAUGCCUCAAGCGUCUCCAGCCGAGGAUCCCCACCGACUCCGUCCGUCUGCUUACGAGGAUCAUCUUCAAACUGCUCGCCCAAUCAGAAAGUGACCAAGAGGAUCUAUACUCCAUAGCCGAACACCAAUCACAUCUAGCAGACAUGAGUGAGGAGAAGAAAGAGGGCCUGAGGCAGCUCUGCACGACGCUGCAGCUUUAUCUUGGUGAGGAGAACCACGAUCUGUCUCAGCUUCCGCCCGGCCUGGACCCCAUCAGCCUCCUCGCCAGAGUGACCUGCAACUGCUUCAGCAUCAGUGAUGGAGAGCUGCAGGACGUGGGGGUGGGACUUUACCCCAGCAUGUCUCUGCUGAACCACGACUGCCAGCCCAACUGUGUCAUGAUCUUUGAGGGCAAGAGACUCACGCUGCGAGCUGUUCGGCUCAUCAGACCCUGUGAGGAGCUAACUAUAAGCUACACUGAUAUCCUUGCGACCAGCAAAGAGAGACGUUCCCAUUUACAGGAGCAAUACCACUUCCUGUGUCAGUGCACGCGCUGUACCACUGAGGACAAGGACUGUGACAUGCUGGCUGGUGAGAAGACUGCGUGGAGGUCCUUAAGAGACGCCAUCCCUCACCUGGAGCAGCUUCAGUCGGAGCAGCGCUGGGAGGAGCUUCUAAAAGAGAGCCAGGCUCUUUUGCACAGAUAUACUGAUGUGGUCCCGGACAGGAACAUCUAUGUGCUCAAGCUGCUGGAUCUGGCUAUGGAUGCUUGCAUUAGUCUGGACGACUAUGAGACGGCGCUGGAGUAUGGCAAUAGAGCUCUGGAACCUUACAAACUGUACUACAGUGAUCCUCAUCCGUCCAGAGCGGUGGAGCUGCUGCGGGUGGGGAAGCUGCAGCACUUCCUGGGCAGACUGGAGGAGGCUCGGGGGAGCUUCACACAGGCGUAUGACAUCAUGAAGGUGACCCACGGGACGGAUCACGUCCUGACUAAUGAGGUGAGGAGAAAACUGAGCGAGUGCCAGGCUGAGCUGGGUCAAGUCUAGAUGGAUGUGUGCCAUCAUACAGAGACCGAGUACUGCGGUCCCGCCACGGCCCCAAACUCCUCUCAUCCAGUUCUUUGACAUGUUGGCUGUUAGUCAACACGCCGCUAUAUUUGCUCUCAAAUGGAAAGUUUCUGGAUGGUUGUGUCUGCCACCUGCUUUUGUGCCACUGUGUCAAACCAGCUGGUUUAGAAUUCAACUGAAAAAAACGCCAGAGGGAAAAAUUCUACAUCUUCACUCUGCUUUUUCAGUUCAUUUCAGAUUUUAUUUUUCAUUUUGUUUAGUGUUUUAAUUAUUUUCAGUAAUAUCAGAGAUCCACUUGCUGCCCCCUCAACAGAUGUUCAAUUUUAAAACUCAUUCCAAAAUGUAGUUUAUUAUCCUCCAUAUUUUCGAAUGAAAGUCCUACUUCUAGGUAUUUUGACUUCUAAUUAGUGGUUGCAAUAGAAACAUUAUUGCUAAAUUUAAAUGCUAAACAAUAGUGUCACUUAAGGGCAAAAGUGCAUUAAUGCAACUAGUCCUAAGUCUAAAUGAUUUGGGUCACAGUGUAUUCAGUAAAUCCUUAAACUUACGCGGUUUCAUGUUUUCUGUUCACUUGCGAGAUAAUAAAAUUAUUCAAAUGUGUCUUUAGUAUUAUUUAAAUACUAUUUUUAUACUAUUGAUAUGUUUUAGUAAUUUUUCUUUUCUAAAAAGUUUUAGUUUUCCCCAAGGCAACAUUUUUUUUUUCAAGUUUAGUUUAUUCAUCUAAUACUUUAAUUUUAUUCUUUUUCAGAUGUAUUUCACUUAUCAACAAUGAUUUUUAAUAGUUUAAGAUGCCUUGUUUUAAAUAAAGGAACAGUAUUUCACUAGAAUGUAAGGGUUAAUAGAAACAAGAAUGGUACAAAUGAGACCGAACAUCAAGGGAAUGUUUUAUUUGAGGUGUGUUGCUUGGAAAACCCUCAGGAAUAUCCAUUGGCACAUUAAUAUAUAUGUACAUUAGUAGUCGCUUUUUUCAAAACUGUUCAUUAAAGUUUGACUUAAAGACCCUUAAAAAUGAUUAUACAUCACUUUAGUGUGAUUCUGACUAUCACUUAAUCAACUGUUGUGUAAAGACAACAACCACUCCAAACACACACACACACACACAUCAGAUUUGUGCUUCAGUUUCUCAUCAUUAACUUCAAUCAUCAGAGUUACUCUGGCAAGACGUUUCCAACAUAUUUCAGCAGCUGCUUUGUUUUUAUGCUCUUCUUUUACCAUCUGGAUUGUGAUAUUGCAGUAAGCUCUUGAUUUGUAAUGUGUCAAUCCUUCAUUUUAAUUCAUAUUACCAUGUUCAGUCAAAUAUUUAAACAGUUUUUAAAGUUGAAAAUCAUGUUGGUAAGUUUUCACAACAGUUAAGUGUACAAGAGGGAUCAUUUAAAGAAUUUCAAUACUCUGGUUUGAACAGAUGUUGCCAUUUAUAUUCAAACACAAAACACUGGCAUUUUAUUCUUUUGAUUUGAAGAAAUUGUCCAGGCGUUUCACUAAUCAGAAUGUUUUCUUGUAAAUAUUGUUUAAUUGGUAAUUGAAAUGACCUCGGUAUCUCUUUCUUUUGUAUUAAUUAAAUUAAUUGUAAUUAAGCAUCCUUCAGGAAGUGAUCUCAUUUUGAUGGUAAAACAACAAGUGAUGUGUAAAUAAUCAAAUUAUUAAUAAAGUUUGUGUCUGAGCUUCUUACUGGAAACCUA